AUGGACAAUGCAAAGGAUCUGUGCAGCCAAUAUGGCGUUCAGGGCUACCCCACCCUGAAGUAUUUCAGCCCGAGCACCUCCCCAGAGGGAGAUCCCUACGACGAUGCAAGGGACCUCAAAGCACUCAACAAGUUCGUGAAGCGGGCCGCCAAGCUUCCUUGCGCCCCCGACACGGGCGAGAAUUGUGACAAGAAGGACAACGCCUACCUGGAGGAGAUUAAGGAUAUGCCAGCAGAUAAGAUGAAGGAGGAGAAAGCCAAAAUGCAGAAGGAGAUGGAGGACCUAGAGGGAGAGUACAAGGCAGCCGCCGACCUCUUCGAGAAACAGAAGGAAGAGGCCAUGGCCACAAUGAAGAAGCAGGAGGAUCUCAAGAAAUCGUUGGGAAAGCUCAAAGACAAGACAAACUACAAGAUUGCCAUCCUCAAGGCGAAAACCGGUGACAAAGACGAGCUCUAA